AGACUGGUUCUCCUAGACCUUUCAUGCCGCCGACACAUCGAGUCACACGCUGUCUUUAUCCGUGCUCGGUGUGCUCAUGUCAUGUCUCCGCGCAGCCACCCUAGCUGUCAUUCCUCCUGACACCACGGCUUGCAAGGUGGCUGAUGCUUGCAUCUCCUCCGUUUAGGGUUGGUGGCGUUGUUGCUGCUUUUACGGCUGCUCCCUGCUUUUCUUCAUACCUAAUUACCUCGCGACCCGAGCUAGUAUGACGAGCUUGCUAAGCACCGGGAUGUGCGUGCCGCCGCGUGUGCAUAGUAGACAAGCCUCGGAUUUAUUUUCCGAUCUUCACAAGCGGUUAGCCUGCGCGAGAGCGACUCGUCCCUUCCCCCGAUGCGCCUCGACCCGCGGAGUGGAGGCGACACUACGCGGGGUUCUUAGAAUUCACUGCAGCGCGGAUAGAAGCAGCGACGCCGCCACCCCUGAUGCUUCCCCGGAGCCUGUUUCCGCGUCAUGCGGUUCGUUUUCCGCGAAUUCCGCAGAUAUUCCGGCUUCUCGGGUGAUUCUUGUACAAUCCAGCUCCGUAGGAAACGCCAGCGCUUCCGACGGCGAAUCUUCCGGCGUAACUUCCGGGGGAACACCGAGCUCCGAGGCCAACAGCUUACGUCAGCAGCAGCAGCAGCAGGAUCCGAAACAGCCGAAGCCGCAGCAGCAGCUGUCCCAAAUUCAGGGAGAAAACCGAAGCUCUAGCGGGUCGAAGAAGGACACGACAGCGUCGGAGGGAAGAAAAGGGACGGGGAAAGACGGUCGGCGCGGGUCGCAGCAGUCGCAGCCGUCGCAGCAGCCGUCGCGGCGAGGCGACGGCAGGCGAGGAAGCGACGAUAGCUCUCCGUGGUGGUGGAAGCUCUUCCUCGGGAUCCUCCCAGAUCUGAAGUUUGUGACUUUUCUGGUGAUGAACAUGGUGGUUCUCAUGCUCUCCGCUCGGAUUCUUAGCUCGCAUCCGCUUGUCGUCAAACGCGCCGCUCGUCGCUUCGGGUUACUGCCGAAGACCGUCGUUGUAACCCUGGAAAAGUGGGGGUCACCGGCGAAUACCCUGGUAUCUGACGAGGCGGCAUCUGGUGCUGGCGCUGGUGCUGCUGCUGCUGCUGCUGGGGUGAAAGAUUCGAAGGACCGGAAGCAGCGGGAGUUGCUGCUGAAGCAGCAGCAGGAGCAGCAGGAAACGACGAAGAUUUCCUUCUCCAUCACUGUGCCGUUUUCGGAGUUCCUGUACCACGUGAAGAAGGACAAUAUCGUGUCGAUUACUGUAGACGGCGACAAGGUGUCAUUCGUCCUGCGACGUCCGGAGUUCGGGCGAAAUCAGAAGGCGACUGAGUUACAACCCAUGAUUCGCCAGGUGGAAAGAAUGGCCGAGAGCAAGUGGAAGGAGGCGGGGGAAGCUGCCGGGAAGAAGGUGGGGAAGAUGCCUCCUGUCCAGGUGCAGCUGUCUACAGUGAAGCCUGCUGACGUGGCGGUCCCUUACGCCGAGCUGAUGUCACGAAACGUGGAGUUCGGAGCUCCGGAUAAGGCGUCGUUCAAACUCGUGAAUACCAUCUCGUCCACUCUUCUAUACGCGGGCAUAGCGGCAGUGGUGCUCUCGCGCCUGCAGAUGAAGCUCCCCCAGAAGUUUGGGGGCAAGGGACGCAGUCAGAAGGGCAAGGCGCCGCCCGUGCUGUUUGCUGACGUGGCAGGGGUGGAUGAGGCGAAGGAGGAAUUGGAGGAAAUAGUGGAGUACCUUCGCACGCCCGAGCGCUUCACUCGGCUAGGAGCCCGCCCCCCGCGGGGAGUGCUUCUGGUUGGGCCGCCAGGUACGGGAAAGACAAUGCUGGCCAAGGCGGUGGCAGGGGAGGCGGACGUACCCUUUAUAAGCUGCAGCGGUAGCGAGUUUGUGGAGCUCUAUGUGGGCCUGGGGGCGUCGCGAGUGAGGGAGCUGUUUGCCCAGGCGAAGAAGGACUCGCCAUCCAUUGUGUUCAUAGACGAGAUCGACGCAGUGGCCAAGGUGCGAGACGGCCGCAUGCGCAGUGUGGGCAAUGACGAAAGGGAGCAAACACUCAACCAACUCUUGACGGAGAUGGACGGGUUUGACAGCAGCACGGCAGUGAUCGUCCUGGCCGCCACCAACAGAGCGGACGUCAUUGACCCGGCCCUCCGCCGACCGGGCCGCUUUGACAGAAUCGUUGCGGUGGAGCCCCCUGACCGCAAGGGGCGGGAGGCCAUACUGACAGUGCACAUAGAGCAGAAGGAGCUGCCGCUGAGUAACAAUGUGAACAUCCAAGAGAUUGCCGUUGCUACCACUGGAUUCACCGGUGCCGAUCUGGCCAAUCUGGUGAAUGAGGCGGCACUCUUGGCAGCACGGAGGGAUCAAGACGAGGUCACCAGGCAGGAUUUUGACAACGCUGUCGAACGGGCUCUUGCGGGAAUUGAGAAAAAACGGUCAGCUCUUGGUCGGGCAGAAAAAGCCGUGGUGGCGCGGCAC